UAACAGGAGAUGAAAAUGUGCUGAUCUUCCCAGCCUUUCGAAUCUUUCCAACUCACCUUUACAUUCAUCCACGCUUUUCUAACCUCCAACUAACCGACUUUUCUCUUUGAUAGAACCGUAAAGAUGGCAACCUACAAUAUCAAUUCUACAUUCAAGCUGAACAGCGGCUACGAAAUACCUCGACUGGGCUUUGGGGUAUACCAAACUCCGCCAGAUGCAACCGAGAAAGCCGUGAUAGAAGCAUUCGGCGCUGGUUACCGUCACGUCGACUCGGCUGCUGCAUAUCGCAAUGAGGCUGGAUGCGGCAGCGCCAUACGAGUCAGCAAGCUGCCGCGCUCCGAGAUAUACUUUACCUCUAAGAUUCCCCACGGCGGCAUGAGUUAUGCUGGUGCCAAAGCACAAAUAGAAACGACCUUAAAAACUUCCGGUCUUGAUUAUAUUGACCUCAUGUUAAUUCAUUCUCCCUAUGGCGGCUCCGCUACGCGAAAAGAGGUAUGGAAGGCACUCGUAGAGGCUGUCGAAGAGGGCAAGAUUCGAUCUAUCGGCGUCAGUAACUACGGCGUCCACCAUCUUGACGAGCUAGAAAAGCAUAUUGCGGAACUUGAGGCCGAGCGAGGUGGCAAGGGCAAGGGCGGAAUCAUCUCGGUUAACCAAUGUGAGGUUCACCCAUGGUGUCCUCGCAAUGAUAUUGCCGAAUGGUGUGCUAAGCGAAACAUUGCCUUUGAGGCCUACGCCCCCGUUGUACGGGGAGAGAGAUUCGGUGAAAAGUCUCUGGUCAAUCUUGCCUCGAAAUACAGCAAGACCGAGGCUCAGAUCCUGCUUCGGUGGAGCUUACAGAAAGGCUACGUUCCACUUCCAAAGAGCGUCACGCCUUCGAGGAUCGAGGAGAAUGCUGCUAUCUACGACUUUGAACUCUCAAAAGAAGAUAUGGACACGCUAGAGUUUGACGAGUAUUCGCCCGUGUGUUGGGAUCCUGUCAAGAGUGGUCUAGACAACUAAGAAUGGGGAUAUGAAAAUCACGUGGAAGCAUUCUAGCGGUGCGGAGCGGCGGUGCCAAAUCUAAGAAACAAAAUACCUCAGUCUUCGAGAUGGGCC